GGCGUCGCCAUAUUCGUUGGGGGCAAAUCCCUUUAUCAGGAAUCCGGGUCGUCCGCAGUUUCAGACGACGACAACAACAACAGAGAGGCACACGCAGAACAGAACCAUGGAUACUGGAUCGUACCGGCGCCGAGGUCCACUUAUUCUGAUUCUCUACUUUAUUCUUGGCUCGGUUCUGUCCCGGGAAGAUGGGCUGGCGAAGGAGCGGCUGUUCGGAGCCGCGGUUCGGGUGUCGGGUUCCGACCCUGGUGUACAGAGGGCGGUCCGGUUCGCGGAAGAGCGUUACAACAUGGGUUCGAACGGGAUGUAUCUGCGACGAAUCAGCAGGAUUGUUUCCGCCACCAAACAGGUGGCCAGAGGAGUGAGGUACAGGGUGCUGGUGGAAGUGGGGAACACCCCCUGCAAGAAAUCGGCGCCGCCUGACCCCCAGCUCUGCCAGCUCGUCCUGGAUCCCCACGCCCUGAAGAGGGAGCUGUGCCUGUUUGAGGUGUGGGACAUCCCGUGGGAGAGCAAGGCCAGUCUGCUGAAGCAGAAGUGCAAGCCAGCAGAUGUUCCUGAAGAGUCCAGCCAAAAGGAGAACGUACCUGUCUCCCCUGUCCCAGCUGAUCACCUGGAGCAGAAUGAGUCGUCCCUCCUGCUGUCAGUGUUCAAGGACUUCGUGACCCAGUACAACAAGAGCUAUGACACAGCCGAGGAAGCCCACAGGAGGUUCCGGAUUUUUGCGGACAAUCUGGAGACGGCCCGGAAGCUGCAGGCGCUGGACCAGGGAUCCGCUGAAUACGGGGUCACCAAGUUCAGUGACCUCACAGAGGAGGAGUUCCAGUCCCUGUACCUGAACCCCCUCCUCGCCGCAGACCCCCUGCGGCCCAUGAAACAAGCCAGGGUCCCCCAGGAGCCUGCGCCGGCCUCCUGGGACUGGAGGGAGCACGGAGCGGUCAGCCCCGUCAGGGGUCUGGAGACGGAGACGGACUACAGCUACAAGGGACACAAGCAGGCCUGUGGAUUCUCCUCUGGGAAGGUGGCGGCCUACAUCAACAGCUCUGUGGAGAUCUCCAAGGACGAGACAGACAUGGCGGCCUGGCUGGCGAAGAAUGGACCCAUCUCUGUGGCUCUCAAUGCUUUUGCCAUGCAGUUCUACAGGAGGGGCAUCUCUCACCCCCUCAGGAUCUUCUGUAACCCCUGGAUGAUCGACCACGCCGUGCUGCUCGUGGGCUAUGGACAGCGCAAAGGAAUCCCAUUCUGGGCCAUCAAGAACAGCUGGGGAGAGGACUAUGGAGAGCAGGGCUACUACUACCUGUACCGAGGGGCCCGGCUGUGCGGGAUAAACCGGAUGUGCUCGUCCGCGGUCGUGGACUAACGCCGCCGGCGCGGGAUCGGGGAGCAGGAGCAGGGGGGGGAGGGUUUUUUUGGGAAGGAGCUCGGGUGAGGGGUCCACCACCGCUCCCGCUUGCAGUGACACAUCACCCCAAGGCUGGCAGAUGGCUCCCCUUCCCAUCCUGCCCCUCUCUCCGCCGCACCCAGCCAGCCCGGCUCGUAGGGAGCGUCCAGUCCAUCCCCGGAUCUUAUCCCGCUGUUCGUCGGAACGCCAGGGUCUGGGGCAUCUUUCUGUUUGGAACCUGGUGUUUAGCGUCUGUGAACACACAGGAUGGGAGGAGUACCUGGUGUGAACCCUGUCCCCCGUCUCUGGGUAUCGGAGCUCCCUGGUGGGUGGGUGGGCGGGCAGCAGCGCCGCCUAGUGGGCGCCUGCAGAAGGGCGAGACGGGAACAUGGGAGCCCGCUCUCGCUGGGCAUGCUGGUAGUGAAACAUGGGUUCGAGGGAUACAGGUCGAAGGCAGUGGGUUUUAGUGCCGCUGCCACACAGCUCUUACCUCCUGGGUUCCAUUUAAUAAUAAUAAUUAAUAAUUAAUUGCUUACACUUAUAUAGCGCUUUACUAGACACUCCCCUCAAAGUACUUUACAGGUAAUGGGGACUCCCCUCCACCCCCACCAAUGUGCAACCCCACCUGGAUGAUUUAGGCUUGGGGGAACCUUCCGGGUUGAGCCUGCAUGUUCCCUCUAUCCUCCCACCCUGCCCAGAGAUGGGGUUAUAGAUAACUAGCUUCUCUAAUUCAGGUGGCGAGAGGCUAGCGCCCCCCGCCGGCCACAGUUCCUUUCCGCGCCCUGUGCUUCCGGCGCUAGGCUCUCGUGUGCCGGGACGCUAAACCGGGAAGGAGCAGGAUGAAGGGAAAUCGGGCCUUUUCAUUCAAAUGACCUUUCUGCGGGAGGGGUGGAAGAAGGCAGAGAGAGAAGCAAGAAAUAAAAGGAGUAAAAGACCUGUGA